GCCGAAGUAAUCGAUAAUCGAUUCGCGCGCUUUUCCCCAUGUGGCGUCAACUAGUAGAAUAUUCAAAGAGUUUUCUCGGCGUAGAUAUGGAAUCCAAGACCGCAAACUCUGAAAAACCAGAAACACCAAGCGAUGCAGGCACGCCAAGCCAAGACACAGACGAAGAACGAACCGGCAAAGAACUGAAAGCAUCGCUAGACGAGGGAGAAAGCGGAAAUGAAUCAUCUUACAGUUCAAACUCGACUAGUUCUACAACAACAUCAUCAACAGUCAAACGAGGAGUGAAAAGACGCAAAAGAAAACGCAAGAGUCAUAUCGCUUUUAAAUGCACUAACUUUUUAAAGGAAGACCACAAACAGCCGUUAUUCGCUGUCCAGUUCAACCCUUUUAUCAAAGACGAGGAAUCUGACCCAUACUUUUUUGCAACAGUGGGUAGCAACAGGGUGACAAUCUACCAGUGCGAGGAGAAAGGAGUGAUCAAGCUGUUGCAAGCGUAUGAAGACCCAGAUCCGGAGGAAAGUUUUUACUGCUGUGCAUGGACAUGUAGUCCAACGACAGGUGAACUAAUGCUGGCAGUUGCUGGUUAUAGGGCUGUCAUCCGCUUUAUCAGUCCAAUCACCAUGAGUUGCAUCAAGCACUACAUCGGUCAUGGUGGUGCCAUCAAUGACCUCAAGUUCCAUCCCCUGGACCAAUGUUUCUUAUUAUCAGGAAGUCGAGACCACAGUCUGCGGCUAUGGAAUGUCAAGACCGAUGCUCUGAUUGCUAUAUUUGCUGGUGUUGAGGGACACAGAGAUGAAGUGUUAAAUCUUGACUUUGAUAUACUUGGCACACGAAUCAUAUCCUGUGGAAUGGAUCAUUCUCUCAAGAUAUGGUCACUGGAAACAGAACAGAUACAAAAGGCUUGUGAUGAAUCUUAUCUGUAUGAUGCGAGCAAAAGCAAAAGAGUUUUUCCAACGGCUAAUGUCCACUACCCUGACUUCACUACUAGAGACAUUCACCGUAAUUACGUGGACUGUGUAAGAUGGCUUGGGGACCUUGUAUUAUCCAAGUCUUGUGAAAAUUGCAUAGUUUGUUGGAAGCCACAAGACCCCUUGGAUGAGAUAUUUCAAAAGUAUGUCAGUGAGCGCAGUGUUGAUGUCCUCCACAGAUUUGAUUUCAGUCAGUGUGAAAUAUGGUAUAUGAGGUUCUCUUUGGACUUUGAACAACGGCUGGUGGCUGCUGGUAAUCAGCAAGGAAAGGUGUUCGUGUGGGACAUCGGCGUUGAAGAUCCCAGCAAAGCACGGUGUAUAACGCUUGUGCAUAACAAGUGCGUCCGCGCGGUGCGACAGACCGCGUUCAGCCGCGACGGAAAGAUUCUUGUUUGCGUCUGUGAUGACGGCACUGUCUGGAGAUGGGAUCGAAUACGCUGAAACAGGGCACGUUACACCUUUCAUGCAACACAAGCCCGUCACGCAACGCAAAACCCGUCAUCAAACUUCCAUUCUGUCUGCGAUGAUCUACUGCGACUAUCAAGUUGCCGCUUCACAACUGUCACGCAACACUCGUCACCGUAUAUUCAAACGCACCACUUGUCACGUCAUCCCUAUUAAUGGCAUUCUAAUUUGUUGACCAAUUAAAGCUUCAAGUUAUAGCGAAACGUGCCGGAAGUGUGAUUUAACAAAAAAAAAAACUUCUCCCCUUAUUGGAGUACGAGGAAUAGUUGUUAAAUCCCGGAUUGUUUUUUUGAGGCUUGUUUUUGUCUUGUUACCUGUUAACUAUCUUCUUUGUGCCUCGUGGCACAUGAGGCCUUCACAGAAUGCUUCCAGUGUGUUAUGUUGGCAGCGUAUC